AUGGACAAGGCCGUACAAAACCAGUUGUGGCAUCGCCGCUACGACUUCAGUACAGCUGACCGUGUGCUGUCGACCUUGGGGUUGCGGAACAGUCGGGCGGGGCAGGGGCAGGGGAAGCAGGAGGAGGAGGAACAGGAGGGCAAGCGGCCACGUACCCAAGGUCCCGACGCUGGAGCGCUGCCGGGGGAGGCCGUGCUGGCAAAGGCCGAGCCUGAGGCCGAGCCUGCAGCGGCGCAGGUGCUUCCCACUGCCAAAGUGGAGGCCGAGGCACAGCUGUGCACAGUACCCGCUGAGACUGCGCCAGGGCCUGGGGCGGAGCUGGGUAUCCCUGUGACGGAGCCCGAAACGGCCGCUCCUGCGGCCGCGCCGCCUCCGCAGCACCCUUACCUGGAAACUGCCGAGCACAAGCGCGAAAGCUCGGCACAGGCAAUCGACUUCCGUGGCAAGCUGUACCUGGCACCUCUGACCACUGUGGGCAACCUGCCCUUCCGCCGCCUGGCCAAACGGUUGGGGGCCGACAUCACCUGUGGUGAGAUGGCGCUGGCCACGAACCUACUCCAGGGGCAAGCAUCUGAGUGGGCGCUGCUGAGGCGCCAUCCGGAAGAGGACUGCUUCGGGGUCCAGAUCUGUGGAGGCUACCCCGACAGCAUGGCCCGCUGUGCCCAGCUCAUCCAAGACCAGUGCUCUGUCGAUUUUGUGGACAUCAACUUUGGGUGUCCCAUCGAUGCGAUCUGCAGCAAGGGGGCAGGGUCGGCCUGCAUCCUGCGCCCAGCACGCAUGGAGUCGAUUGUGCGGAGCAUGAGCAGCGUGCUGCAGUGCCCCCUCACCUUCAAGACACGCAAGGCGUACAAUGAUGGGCAUGAUGUAGCCCACACCUUUGUCCCCGGUGCGGCGGUCUGGGGGGCCAGCGCCGUGACCCUGCAUGGCCGGACGAGGGAGCAGCGCUACUCGAGGCCAGCCGACUGGCCAUACAUCCAGAACUGUGCCGCUGCGACCCAGGCGCCCCUCCAACUCGUCGGGAACGGGGAUAUCUUGGGCUGGCAGGACCACUACAGGCAUCUGGAAGAGUCGGGUGGGAGGCUGGCGACCACAUACAUUGCGCGUGGGGCCCUGAUCAAGCCCUGGAUUUUCACUGAGAUCAAGCAGCGGAGGGACUGGGACAUCUCAGCAGGGGAGAGACUGGACCUGCUGAAGCUGUACUGCUCGUUUGGGCUAGAGCACUGGGGCAGCGACGCCCGGGGCGUAGAAAGCACCAGACGCUUCCUGCUGGAGUGGCUGUCGUUCCAGCACCGCUACAUCCCGGUCGGCCUGCUGGAUGUUCUGCCCCAGCGCAUGGACUGGAGGGUGCCGGUCUUCGUGGGCAGGUCCGACCUGGAGACGCUGCUGGCCUCCGACCACGCCGGCGACUGGGUGCGCAUCUCCGAGAUGCUGCUGGGCCCUGCACCCCCGGGUUUCACGUUCACGCCAAAGCACAAGGCAAAUGCGUACUCCAGACGGCAGGAGGCUGGCGCUUCCAGUCUCAUGAAGGACGAGGAGCAGGAGAAUGGCUGA